AUGAGCAACAGAAGUGAUAUUGUGACCGAUCCUGAAUUUGACGAGGUGUCGUCCUUUUCUUCUGUGGACUCGUACAAACCGGAGCCGUUUGUCGGGUUCGGCACGGAGGAGGAGCAGCACGACUCGCGGCUGUUCAAGAACGACACAAUUCUGAACAGCGAGGACCUGGCGGAAAACACGGCGAACACUCCGUCCGACCUGAACUCAAAGGCCAGCUCGACCACCCUGGGAAAGCGGGACUCGAACGCCAUCGAGCGGGUCGUUACCAAGAACGCAAUGAACAACCAAUCGGAGAGCGCAGACGCGCUCAGGUCCAAGGGACUCGAUACCACCAAGAGAAGGAACAUACCGGACAUCAAUGCGCCACUGACGCUUACGCAGUCGCACUUCCCGGAGGAGUACCAAGUGGAAACGGAAACGGGACUCGUCAAGAUGAAAACCAUCGAGAGUCUCAAGAGUCGCCAUUCGGGCGGUACACAUAACUCGAAAAAGAGCAAGGGGGCCUCUACCAGGUCCAAAAACUCGCUAACCUCCUCGAUGGAGGAGCACGGCGAGGCGGGACUCAACGCGGAGAAACUCAACAGCGCGGUCGAGAGAAACCGGAAAGAGCUCGAGCGGUACGAGAAGAACAGGGGCAAGAAGGGCAUCAAGGGAUUUCUGUCCAAGAUGUUUCAAUGA